AUGAAAGUCCUCUGCUUCCUGCUUAUGGCCAGCUUGGCCGCCACCUCUCUCGCCAUCCUUAACGAGCCAGAAGAUGAAACCCACCUGGAGGCACAGCCCACAGAUACCUCUGCUCAGUUCAUCAUGAGAAACCUCCAGAUCUCCAAUGAGGACCUUUCUAAGGAGCCUUCCAUCUCCAGAGAAGAGUUGAUUUCCAAAGAGCAAAGUGUGAUCAAAUCUUCCAGGAGACCACAGAAUCAGAAUCCCAAGCUGCCUCUGUCCAUACUCAAGGAGAAACAUCUCAGAAAUGCUGCCGUUGAAUCAGAAGAGACUACAGAACACACUCCCAGUGCUGCAUCCACCACAGAAGGAACACUGAUGGAGCUCGGCCAUAAAAUCAGGAGGAAUCUGGAAAACAUAGUGGAAGAAAUCAUAAAAUAUCUGAAAAGCCUAUUCCCUCAUGCCUCUGAAGUCGUGAAGCCAUAG